AUGUUUUUUUUAUUUAUUUUUUUUGUUCUUCCUCUUCUCGCCUUCUUUCUUUUUUUUUUCUCUUCUCCCUUCGUAUAUAUCACGUUCCGUUGUUCAUCAUUGAUUCCCUCACCGCCAAAUUACAUAAAAACACAAAACCGAAACGCCCCGUUAGUCGCGUGGUUUCAAGGGAUGGUUACAGUUGCUGCAGUAAAUUCGAGUCACAAUGUAGAGGUGUUGGAACAAAGCGUAAAACAGAAAGAAAAAAAAACAAAGUCAAAUGAACAAACAAAUAAAAAAAAGAAGAAACGAACUUUAAAAAAAAAAAAAUCACGCCCUCCAUGUACAAACAAGGGGCCAAGAAUCAAAGGAAGUGGUCACAACUACGACCACACAUCUAUCUUUAUCCUUUCCCCCUCAUUCUGUGCAGGAUAUGCACUGACAGGAGAAAAGAGGGAAUAUUUUUUUUAA